CGGGGCCCAGCCAUGGCCCAGAAGGCAGCGGAGCGGCCCCCGGAGGAAACCCUGUUGCUCUGGAAACGGGAGCAGGCCCGGCUGCGGGCCCGCGUCGUCGACCGGGACACGGAGGCGUGGCAGCGGGACCCCGGCUUCUCGGGGCUGCGGAGGGUCGGGGGCGCCGACGUGUCCUUCGUGAAAGGGGACAGCGCCAGCGCCUGCGCGUCCCUGGUGGUGCUCAGCUUCCCCGAGCUCCAGGUGGUGUACGAGGAGAGCCGCAUGGUCCGCCUGACCGCCCCCUACGUGUCCGGCUUCCUGGCCUUCCGAGAGGCGCCCUUCCUGGUGGACGCGGUGCAGCGGCUGCGGGAGAAGCAGCCCGACCUCAUGCCCCAGGUCCUUCUCGUAGAUGGGAACGGGGUGCUGCACCACCAAGGCUUCGGGGUGGCCUGUCACCUCGGCGUCCUCACUGAUCUGCCCUGCAUUGGGGUGGCCAAGAAACUGCUGCAGGUGGAUGGGCUGGAGAAAGACGCCGCCCACAAGGAGCAGAUUCAGCUCCUGCAAGCGGGGGGAGAGGCCUUUCCGCUGAUUGGAGGCUCUGGGACUGUCCUGGGAAUGGCCCUGAGGAGCCAUGACCGCAGCACCAAGCCGGUGUACGUCUCUGUGGGCCACAAGGUGAGCCUGGAGACGGCCGUGCGCCUGACCCGCCACUGCUGCAGAUUCCGGGUCCCGGAGCCCGUGCGCCAGGCCGACAUCCGCUCCCGGGAGCAUAUCCGCAGGACCCUGGGCCCCCCCGGGCUGCCUGCGCCUGCGCAGGGGCGUGUCACUGCACAGAGGCCACAGACACAUCGCACAGGCAGCCCAGGAGAGCCUGCGGGCGAGGAUGGUGCGCCCCAGCACAGACCUAAAGCUCCACCCCCAGGCCCCGGGAGUGGUGGAACUGGACGCCGUGAAGACCCCGCCACCCCUCUCCUGUCUCAGGACAGUGCCCCGGGGCUGGUCCCUGGGGACGGUGGGGGGCUGCCCUGUACACAGGAGGAGCUCCCAGCCCCAGAGACCGCUGACCACGCCGCCCUGGGGAAGCAGCAGGCACAGCCCCGCUCCUUGUGAGGUGGGGUGGGGUGGAGGAGCCGUGGCCACGGCGCCCCGGGCUGGGCCAGACCAGAAAGCAGGAGCGGCACCGCCCCGAGCAGUGCAGGGGAGCCGGGGUCUGGUGCACAGGUGGACCCCGAGCUGCCGGGACAGCCUUGGCCUCUGCUCCACCUGCACCAUUGGAUCUGUACCUCUGUGCAGGUUCACUGUGGGGUUCAUGUGUAAGCCAGACCCCCCGCCAGCCGCACUGAGCCACCUCUGCCGCUGGGAGGGGUCCAGGCUGGGGUGGCCGCACUGGUCCGGACCCUGUCCUGCUGUCCCACCCCAGCCUGGCUGCUGAGUCAGAGGCCCCGCCCCUGGGCCCUGCUGCUGCCUGUUCCAGGCACGCCCUGGCGCUCCCAGCAAGCCAGAGCUGGAGGGCUCACGGCGGGCGCCACCAUCUGCCCCCCGACUUCUCCCAGAGCUUUCCCUCCCAGAGCUCCAUCAGGAGCUGGCCCUGCACAGGGCUGGCUGGGGUCUGCCGCCUCUUGCCCACUGGCCUCUGGCGGGGCUCAGAGCUCCCUCCCGUGGGCGGAGGCGUGGGAGGGGCUCGGCAGGUGCUGGCCCCAGUGAUGCCAUGACAAAAGAGGCUGACCCCUUACGUCACUCUGCAAGGCCAUGCUGGCUCCCAUGAGAAGGUCAGGGUCACCUCCGAGCUCCACUGAAUCCCCUCUGUGCCCGCUCCGUGCCCGCGGGAGGGCCGCCUGGGCCGGGUGCCCUGUGGCGCCCCCUCCCGAGGAGCAGGCCAGGGUGGUGGCAGUCCUGCAGAGGUGUCUGCGUGGCCGUUUUGAGCUAGAACUCAGCAUUUCGGCCCCUUCAGAGUUUAGUGGCCGCGCUGUCUCGGGCAGCCCUGCCUGCUGCCCCCAGGAACCCCGCGCCCAUUGGCCGGCGCUCCCACGGCCCCUUCCCUGCGGACCCUCUCCCCGCCUCUGGCCCAGGGUCCCCUCAGCGGGCCUGGGGGCGGGGCUGGUGUUUGCAGCACUGUUUCCCUCGCCCCUCCAUCGGCUGGUCCAGUUCAGUCGGUGUCCAUCCAUGGCUGCUGGCCGUUCGGGUGGCCGCCUGGUCCGGCUUGGUCGGUGUCCGUCCGUGGCUGCUGGCUGUUCAGGUGCUCGGAGCGCUCCCUUGGGUUUGUGCGUGGAGGGAAUUUCUGGGCCACACGUCAACUGUUUCUCUCUGUAGGAAACCCUAAUUGUUGUCCACGUGUAUCCUGGGAGAAGCGUCUGCCCGGGUCCUGAUUGGGUUGCUCUCUGUGACUGUGUUUGAGAGCCCUGUGUCCUGGGGAUUCGAUCCUCACCAGUUACAUGGUUUACA